CCCAGACAGCCAUGAGUAGCAGUGCGUUUGCUUUGAUCUGUAUACGGUGCAGUCUUUUUCUCCGCAUCCUCAGUCCUGUUGAAGUUUUUGAGCACAGCCCUGCAACUGCAAACAAUCAUUCAUCAGCGCAGCAAAGGGAAAAGACAGCAAUGGAAGGGUGGAAGAGUCACGUGCGCGCUAGACUGUUCCAGAGAGAUUGUACACAAAAGGACCCCUUCAGUGGUAUCUUUAACACCUUGUCCGAGCAAGCGGAACAGCUUGACUUACGGGAUACACUUUGGGAUGAGGUACAGAGACCCAGUUCUGAAGGAGAUGUUGGGCUGACGGUUGACCACAGAGAACUAUACCUCCAGCUCAGAGAGAGUGAACAUAUAACAGAAAAGCUCUCUCAGACAGUCUCUGACCUGACCACCGUCAUGUAUCUGAAAGAUGCUGAGCUUCAAUACUGCCACUCACAAGUCUCCCGCUAUCGGAAGGAAGCUGUCACUCAAGCCAGGGAGGCCAACCUUCUGCAGGCCAGCCUAUCAGAAUUUGAGUUUGCAUUGGCGAGCCAAUCAGAGGAGUUGGCAGCUCUGCGGUUGGAGCAGCGGGAGCUGAAGGAGGGGCUUGCAGCGGCCUGGAGAGAGAAAGAAGCGCUUCUGGAGCGAUGGAUGGAUGAGAAGAAGGAGGAGGCGGAGAGGGUGAACAGGCACAAUGACACACAGGAAAGGUGGCAUCGUUUCACCCGGCGACUCAACAAGCAUCACCGUAGAGAGAUGCUGCGACCAGGUGAGCAGACCAACUCCUGGACGACUGGUAGGCCUACAACUGAACCAGCAACCACCAUACAGACAGUGGCAGGCACACUCUUGUGUCCCAACUAAUGUCAAUGUCUGCUUUGAUCAGAGGAGGGUGGUGCACACUGCCCAGGAUGGACCUUUUAUCCCAAAAGCCUCCUGUACUGAAACACUCCUUCCUGUAAGACACACCGAAAAAACUAGACCUUGAAUGUGACUGUGUGUGUAUAUAUUGAAGGAUAUUUGAGUGUGGGCUUUUAAUCAAUACUGUUGUGAAUUUCAGAUACGGUAUGUAUAGGCUUGUAAAUUAGUACUCAAGACCUAACUCAAUGUUUUCAAAUACCAUGAGAAUAAAGUAACUGUUCAGUCAUUUUUCACUAAAACACCUCUGUCCUGUGAAUGCAAUGCUUCCUGCUUUUGUGUGACUUUUGAAAAAGUCACUCGCUGUCUCAGAGGAGCAAAGUAGGUACGUGUUAGUGGCACUAAGACCCAAAUGGUGAAUCAUGUGAUCUUGAUUAAAACAUUGACUGCCUACUGUGCAAAUCAAUUUGAACUCUAACAUUGUUGAUAAAGAAAUUGCACUUUGAGCUUCUGACAAGGAAGUCAUGACCAUUUUUGGAUACUGUAUCUUGUCAAUUGCUCAAAUAACUUUUUCUGUCUGUGGAUGUGAGACUUAAAGUACAAACAAUCUACAACAGAAUUUAGGUUAAU